UGUCUGUCCGCUGUGUGUGGAUGAGCAGCACGCCCCAGCAGCUCCUCCAGGAUGGGGGAAAACGACGACAGCGACAUCAUAGAGCACCACGUCGAGGAGGAGAUGGAGAAGAAAGGUGCGAGGAGCUACGCAGCUUCCUCCUCCUUCCUGGAGAGCGUCAGUCCGUCCGAGAGAGAGGGCCACAGCAGCACCCAGUCCUCCCACAGACUGCUGGCCUACAGCGAUGCUCUCAUCUCCAUUAUCGCCACUGUCAUGAUUUUACCUGUUGCUCACACCAAAGUGGAAGAUAAUGAGGAAUUGAGGGAGAGUCUUCAGGGUCUACUUACCACAAAGAUCGGCGUUUACUUGAUGACAUUCCUCAUUGUGACUGUUGCCUGGGCUGCUCAUAUCAGGUUGUUUCAAGUUGUUGUUCGUAUUGAUGACUGUCUCGCACUUCUGAACCUUGCCUGCAUGAUGCUGAUAACCUUCCUCCCCUACACAUUUUCUUUAAUGGCGACCUUUCCUGAGAACAUCCUCGGGAUUUUACUCUUCUGUGGUUGUGUGAUGGUGAUCGGCGUCAUUCAGUCGGUGAUUGUGUUGUACGCCUUCAGCCGCCCCUUCCUCCUGAAUGAGCAGAUCCAGAUCUCAGAGAACCAGACCUUCUACAAACACCACAUCCUCAAAGUCAUCAUGAAGGUUCCCAUCAUGUGCUUCUUCGCCAGCAUCUUCUCCUUCAUCUUCUUCCAGCUGUCUUACGUUCUCUUGGCCAUCGUCAUCUUCCUGCCUUACAUCUCCCAGUGUUUGAAGUGGUGUCGCAGCAAAGCCAUCGGUCAGGUGGAGGAAACUCCAGACUCCAUGUUGUUCUACACGUACCUGCCUAAUGAACCCCUCAGCAAAGAGCGAGUGGAGGCUUUCAGCGACGGAGUUUAUGCCAUCGUAGCAACACUUCUCAUCUUGGACAUAUGCGAGGACAACGUCCCAGAUCCCACAGUCGUGCAGAAGCAGUUUGGCGGCAGCCUGACAGCGGCUCUGCGGGUUUACGGCCCCGAGUACCUCGCCUACUUUGGUUCGUUCGCCACCGUCGGCCUUCUCUGGUUUGUCCAUCACUCGCUUUUCCUCCAUGUCACCAAGGCAACGCGCUUCAUGGGCCUGCUGAACACCUUCUCGCUGGCGUUCGUCGGAGGUUUACCGUUAGCCUACCAGCUAACGCACGAGUUCCCGCCUAACUCUCACAAUGAGCUGGAAGCCAUUCAGAUUAGCUGUGUGAUCAUUUUCUUCGCAGGUAUUUUUCAGCUCGCCAUUUGGGUGGUCGCUCUGUACAAUGAACAGGAAACUCUGCACCCCUACGUGCGAUACGGUGGACGUGAGCACGUGCUUAUGCUGGCUAAGCUGGCUCUGUACCCCUGCAUAGCUUUGGGGACGUUUUUCCUCACGUGCAUUUUGAGUAAAUUUAGUGCCCCGAUUUUCCACCUGAUGGAGAUCACGGUGCCUUUUGCUUUUCUAGUGUUGAGGAUUUUGGUGCGUCUCGGGUUAGCGCUGCUACGGCUACUUUUCUGUCCUGACAGGUCCGAUCGGAGGAUCGUCAUAGAGGAGGAAGCUGACGAAACAAGAGUGCCAUUUAAUGCUCUAGUUACAUAGGGGACGUGGACAGGGAAGUGACGCCAACUGACAGAUCUGAGAGGCAAUGUUGCUGAAGGGCUUGGGCUGUGAAUGUGCUUAUAUUUGACCUCAUGAGGAGCCUGCUGGGCUUCACACUGGUAACAAAAUGGAAAGCAUUUAGACCGAUUCAAAUGUUGAGAGCAUCGGUGUGAAUGGGAUUAGAUAUAAACCAUGUGCACUGAAGGAGAUUUAUUAGGGAAAUACUUAGUGGAGCAGAGCGCUGAAGAACAGAGCUGAUACUGACGGCCAGAGCCUAUUCGUUCAUUAUUUUCUUUACAGUAACAUGAAGAGUACCAGUGCAGGUUUAAUCAGCAGUUAAUCAAUGUGAUUCAGUCAUUGUGUUUUAUUACUUCCUGUGCAGAGCACGGUCCGUCCAGCCGCUAUCAGUUAACUGAGCCUUACAGAAUAGCCUCUAAUCACCCACCGAGGAUUUUCUGAGCAUGUUCAGACGCAUCCCCCUGCAGGAGGACAUCCAUGAGCUGACGCUGUGGCAGGAGAAGUCUUUCUGUCAAACUGGUCUCCUUUGUGACACGUUAGCAAUCGGACGAGGCUUUAAGUCUUGAGUGUUGGCACUUUAAAAAUACUUCUAAUCAGGAGAGGCCAUAACUUUUCAAAUUGCACUAUAUUUCCAUCAUGUGUAUGUUAGUCUAAUAACCGCAGUAAUGUGACUUUUUUAAAUUUAUGUCGCUAUUGCAUCGUCCACAUCAUGCACUCUGUGUACGUUACUUUGACUACAUGAUUAUUACGCCCCGAUUUACAGAAAAUAUGUGAAAAUCCAAGUUUUUAGGGCAUCGCUGUAGCUUCUUGGGGUGUAACAAGGGUAUUAUUAUUACUUAUUUCAAAAAAUAAAUUGGGGGAAUCAAACAUUAAAUAAACAUGUAAAUGUAGAAAAUGUCAGAUUAUGCAUGUUUGAGGCUUGUUUUGUUUUUGCAUUAACACCAAGUUUUAUGAAAACUAUGUUUUUACAUAUACCAACAUUAACUGACCUAAACAUUUUUUUUAAAUGAGGGUUGUAAACCUUUCUCCAGUAGGGGGCGCUGUUGUUAUUGAUGUAUUGCUCCAUGAUGCUGAUAUUUUUGUUUGUUUUUUCGACUGACUCAAAGAAAACUAUGAUGCACUUUAAUAGAAACCUUCCAGAGGACGCAGAAAGGUUUGUCUGCGUUUGCUUUGUUUGUCUGAGUCGUUCUGCUUUCAUAUCCCAGCUGCACUACAGUGCAUCGUUUUAGUUUGAGGGUAUUCAUAACUGAUCAUUCGGGCCUUGUACUUGGAAGCAAGUUAAAUUCAGGAUAUCUUUCCGUUGUCUGGCUUCACGAACCCUGACAGCCCCAAUCAGGCCAAGCAGUCACACGAAGGUUGUUAUCAACCUGAUAGCAUGAUCACGUGGGCAGCAGUGACUGACUUUUAUGUAGUGCGCUACUAGAAAAAUCUGAGGUGGUUAAGCACAAAACAGACUGAAAGCACCGCGGCUGCUGAACCACCUUUGUAAUACUAAAACCCAGGUUUAGUCUCAAGUUACCUGGAUAAGCCAAAAUCCUGCUGUUGGUGUUGGUGGCUGUUAUUGGUGGGAGCAGCAAAGUUGUUAGUUUUGUCACUGUAUAACUUUCCCAUUUAUCUUGAUACUUCUCAUGGUGAAAAUAAUGAACACAAAAUGGCAUUAACAUCUUUAUGUAUUACAACCUAAUCACUUCUUUGCUUCGUUUACAUUUUUAUUGUCUUUAUCUGCUCGGUGGUGUGUUUAAAGCUCAGUAGAGUCGAUAGGAAACGUCUGACCAGCUCUUUAUGCUUACAUGUGUGUUAGUAACGGCUCUAUCAGUGCAAACUCCACAUUCGUUCUUUCACUCUGUGCAAAAUCUCUCUUUUCCUGUCAGGCUUUGUUUUGUGAAUAAAUCUGAAGUUGAUCCUUUAAUGUAAAAGUGAUUGGUUUGUCUUUUCAUUAUCAAAAACACAAAUCGGAAUAAAAACAUGUUAAAGAAAAAAGUCUUUAUUUACCUCCGUACAUUAAACACCGUCACAAUCUCUCUAUUAAGAUAUCAGUGUGUUUAUUUACCGUACUUUGUAUUGCCCCUAAUAUUAAACAGCAUUAUUCCUCAAUAGAUAGAUACACAUUUUCCUUAUCCAUCUCAUUAGAAAACAUUUCUGCUCAAAGCAAAUCAAACCAAAUGUACACAAAAUGAUAAAUUAAAAACACAACUGAAAGUCUGCAUCGUCACCUGACAGCUUACCUGUUCUCUUUUCUACCUUUGUGUGCAACAUGGUAAGAAAGUAUAAAUUAGUAUGCACGUGUGUCGUGGAACUACAGCUGUAAAUAUGGAGUCUCAAGUGUCCCAGUGAAAUAAUAUACAUCUUAAGUAUAUCAAUUAAAGAUUCAUUAGAUGGCCACAGCUAUAGCUCACCUGGCCAGGUAACAAAGACUUGAGUCCCACCUGCUGCUCAUUCGCUCCAUACUUUCCAGAUUACAACCUGAACUGUGCUGCUUAAAGAGAAAAGGUUAAACUGGUAGUGUGCAAUAAACAGGCUCUGGAGAGAACGUGGGUAGGACUAAAACUAAAUAUUAGAUUGGUAAAAGAACAGCAAACACUCCAACACCCACUGGGAAAUGAAUCCACACCGUCAGACUGACUGAUGGUGUUGAUUAUGAUCAUUAUUAUUCAUUAAGAGACUGGAGAAAUCAGUACUAUAGUAUUUAACAUAAAGUAUAUAUAUUUUUAAAUAAAAGGCACUUCUAAAGUUCGCUCAUUAUCCCUCCAGACAAUACACAGAGUCAUUACCUGGGACAGCAGCUAAUUUAUAUACACAUUUUUAAUUAAUUUACGAGUCACAUUAUUCCAGUGGCACACUCCAGGCUCCAUAUAAAUCCAUUCUAACAAAUAAUUCUGUGUCAAUUCCUGCUCCUACUUUUGGUCGGAUCUCUUUAGUGUUGACACGUCGGUCCAGACGUCUGCGUCCUUCGCUGCCUCUGUGAAUGCUGGACACGUGAGGGGUGCGUAAAGAAAAGCGCGUAAAGCAGUAGUUAAAAGAUUUACACAGUACGAUAUCGCUGGUCCCAAAAAUUCAACCUGAACCUCUCAUUCACAU